GACGGCCACUUAUAUUUCCAUAUCGCUUGUUUGGGGUACAUGGAAGGCAACAGUGUGGCAUGCCCUCUUAGAGCAACGAAAGGUCUAACAACACAAGAAGCAGGUUGAGGGGCAGGUGUUUGCAUUAAUGAGAGUAAUAACCUGAACCAAAAGUAGAGGGCAUGUAGAGGUGGUGAGACCUGAAGGAAAGAACAGCAGACUGGACAUGAGCUCAAGGACAAAAGUUGCCCUCAAUGAUGCUCAUCUGUAGGUAAACCCAAUUCCCUCACCUCGUCCAUCUCUCAUCUUCCUCAUGAGCUCUUGUUUAGCUGUCCCUAAUUCAAAUAAAUCCAAAGAUAAAGGCUCAAAUUAUCAUGAUUUUGCUUCCUAACUAUGCUCUGUUAUCUUUAGUAGCCAAAGCUGCAUUAUGGGAAUGGCCAAACUUGAGGACGCAGAAUAGGAAACUGUGGCCAUGUUUGCAGCACUAUUUAUCUUCUUCCCUAGUCCCCUCCUCUGUUCAUGGCACUUUUGCCACCGAAUACAAGGAAACAGCAGCAAUCAUUUCUUGCUGCAUCCUUCUCUUCUUCUUCCUCACCACACCAGACUCCAAACAAGGCUGAGGGAGAAGAAGACAUGCCUAAGCUAUGCACUUAUGGCACUCCCAGUCUUCUUCCGGCCUACCUCUUGGAGGACUUCAUCUCCUUGUGCACCUUCUUCACGUCCCAUCCCUUGCACUUGGCCUACUUGCUCCUCUUCUUACCUUACCUUCUCCACUUGCUCUCGUACCUCUCUCCCCUCCUCCUCUCUACUUCGAUCCUCCUGUUGGUUCUCCUCACGGUCUCCCCCUACCCAGACGAGGCGCCUCCGGCGGCGGCGCCACCGGAUUUCCUCGGUAGAACUUGCUGCGUCGUCCUCGACGUUCUCAAGGACAAGCUCCAAGACAAUGGGGAACUCGACCUGGUGGAGCAGUUUACGUCGAUGGUUCUGUCACCGAUCGAUAAUACCAGGCCAUUUGGUGAGCUCGUGGAGGGCGCUUAUUCUGGUCAUGAAGCAGAGGAGAGGCAUCCAGGUCAGGUAGGGAGCGGAGAAAGCAGAACUCCAGCCACGGAUGGCGAGAACCUCGUUCCCAUUAAUGGAGUAGCAGAGCAUCCCAAAGGGCGUGAAGCUGUGGAGCACAAGCCGGGGGCAGGAGAACAUCUAACAAGAUCCAUGUCGGAGAGAAGAACGCACAGCAUCAGUGGAACCACCGAGAGUCUUCAGAGGGCAAGGUGGGCGAAGGUGGCCAAGAGAUGGAUCUGCUCUGGGAGGCGUACGAGGCUAAUGCUGGUGAGGCAGGCGCUCGAAAGAAGAAGGCGAAGAAGAAAGCAAAGAGAGCUGAUGUUGGAGAAGAAGAAGAAGAACAAGAGGAAGCAGCAGUCGGGCAAUUGUGUUGCCUUCGAGCACUGAGGCUAUCUACUGGUAAGAUGAACCUGGGAAUGAGGAAACACAAUUUGAUGAAGAUAUCUAAAGUUCUAAAGGAAAUGAAGAUGUUUCAUAGUGGCAGUAAGUCACAAAAUUUAGCUAAUAAAUGAUCUGUUAAUUCUGUAAAAAGAAAUAUAGUGCUAUCUAUCAGAAUAUUUUAGUUGCUCUUUGAAGUAUUACCCAA